GCGUGGCCUGCCGGGAGGGGGCAGGUAGCGGGCGGGCGGGGUCCAAUGGGUGCCGGCUCCCGAGGAGAGGGCGGAGGAGAGGAGGAAGGAGGCGGACUCUGGGCCCCGGCCCCAUUCAUUGCCGCGGCCGGCGGGGUGAGGGUCCCGUGUUUUCGGAGUCAUGGAGGCGCUAAUUCCUGUUAUCAACAAGCUCCAGGAUGUCUUCAACACGGUAGGCGCCGACAUCAUCCAGUUGCCUCAGAUCGUCGUGGUGGGAACGCAGAGCAGUGGAAAGAGCUCAGUGCUAGAAAGCCUGGUGGGGAGGGACCUGCUUCCCAGAGGCACUGGUAUUGUCACCCGGAGACCUCUCAUUCUGCAGCUAGUCCAUGUUUCACCCGAAGAUAAGCGAAAAACAACAGGAGAAGAAAAUGGGGUUGAAGCAGAAGAAUGGGGUAAAUUUCUUCACACCAAAAAUAAGCUUUACACGGAUUUUGAUGAAAUUCGACAAGAAAUUGAAAAUGAAACAGAAAGGAUUUCAGGAAAUAAUAAGGGAGUAAGCCCUGAGCCAAUUCAUCUUAAGAUUUUUUCACCCAAUGUUGUCAAUCUGACACUUGUGGAUUUGCCAGGAAUGACCAAGGUGCCUGUAGGUGAUCAACCUAAGGAUAUUGAGCUUCAAAUCAGAGAGCUCAUUCUUCGGUUCAUCAGUAAUCCAAAUUCCAUCAUCCUUGCUGUCACUGCUGCUAAUACAGAUAUGGCAACAUCAGAGGCACUUAAGAUUUCAAGAGAGGUAGAUCCAGAUGGUCGCAGAACCUUAGCUGUAAUCACUAAACUUGACCUCAUGGAUGCGGGUACUGAUGCCAUGGAUGUAUUGAUGGGAAGGGUUAUACCAGUCAAACUUGGAAUAAUUGGAGUAGUUAACAGGAGCCAGCUAGAUAUUAACAAUAAGAAGAGUGUAACUGAUUCAAUCCGUGAUGAAUAUGCUUUCCUUCAAAAGAAAUAUCCAUCUCUGGCUAAUAGAAAUGGAACAAAGUAUCUUGCUAGGACUCUAAACAGGUUACUGAUGCAUCACAUCAGAGAUUGCCUACCAGAGUUGAAAACAAGAAUAAAUGUUCUAGCUGCUCAGUAUCAGUCUCUCCUAAAUAGCUAUGGUGAACCUGUGGAUGAUAAAAGUGCUACUUUACUCCAACUUAUUACCAAAUUUGCCACAGAAUAUUGUAACACCAUUGAAGGAACUGCAAAAUAUAUUGAAACUUCAGAGCUAUGCGGUGGUGCUAGGAUAUGUUAUAUUUUCCAUGAGACUUUUGGGCGAACUUUAGAAUCUGUUGACCCACUAGGUGGCCUUAACACUAUUGACAUUUUGACUGCCAUUAGAAAUGCUACUGGUCCUCGCCCUGCUUUGUUUGUGCCUGAAGUUUCAUUUGAGUUACUGGUCAAGCGGCAAAUCAAACGUCUGGAAGAACCCAGCCUGCGUUGUGUGGAACUGGUUCAUGAGGAAAUGCAAAGGAUCAUUCAGCACUGUAGCAAUUACAGUACACAGGAGUUGUUGAGGUUUCCUAAACUUCAUGAUGCCAUAGUUGAAGUAGUGACUUGUCUUCUUCGUAAACGGUUGCCUGUUACGAAUGAAAUGGUCCAUAACUUAGUGGCAAUUGAAUUGGCUUAUAUCAACACAAAACAUCCAGACUUUGCUGAUGCUUGUGGGCUAAUGAACAAUAAUAUAGAGGAACAAAGAAGAAACAGGCUAGCAAGAGAAUUACCUUCAGCUGUAUCACGAGAUAAGUCUUAUAAAGUUCCAAGUGCUUUGGCACCUGCCUCCCAGGAGCCCUCCCCUGCUGCUUCUGCUGAGGCUGAUGGCAAGUUAAUUCAGGACAGCAGAAGAGAAACUAAAAAUGUUGCAUCUGGAGGCGGUGGGGUUGGAGACGGUGUUCAAGAACCAACAACAGGCAACUGGAGAGGAAUGCUGAAAACUUCAAAAGCUGAAGAGUUAUUAGCUGAGGAGAAAUCAAAGCCCAUUCCAAUUAUGCCAGCCAGUCCACAAAAAGGCCAUGCUGUGAAUCUGCUGGAUGUGCCUGUUCCUGUUGCACGAAAACUAUCUGCCCGGGAACAGCGAGAUUGUGAGGUCAUUGAAAGACUCAUCAAAUCGUAUUUUCUUAUUGUCAGAAAGAAUAUUCAAGACAGUGUGCCAAAGGCAGUAAUGCAUUUUUUGGUUAAUCAUGUGAAAGAUACUCUUCAGAGUGAGUUAGUAGGACAGCUGUAUAAAUCAUCCUUACUGGAUGAUCUUCUGACUGAAUCUGAGGACAUGGCACAGCGCAGGAAGGAAGCAGCUGACAUGCUGAAGGCAUUACAAGGAGCCAGUCAAAUAAUUGCUGAAAUCCGAGAGACUCAUCUUUGGUGAAGAGAAUUAUAUAAUACUGAGACUUUGUUGACUCGAAAUCUGCUAGUUACUGCCUACUUGAGUAGAAUUUUAUUUAUGAACUCCUGUGUAUUGCAAUGGUAUGAAUCUGCUCAUGUGAGGAGACUGGCUAUAAACUGAAAAUUUUACUCUGUAUUGCAGAACAAAUCAUACAUUUAAUCCAAAUAAUAAAUGGCUGUUUCUCAAGUUGCCCAGUACAUAUAAAAUACAUCGUCUUUCUUGUGACUGUUUGUUUCAUUUGAACUUACUUAAAAAGAGCUGUUAAUGUUCUAGUUGUACAAGCAGUUUGCCUGUGGAUAAGACGACCUGUGUAAUCUGUUAGUAGUCUUAAAGCUGCCGCCGUAGUCCUUCAAGAACGCACCAAGACACCAUUUCCUACAACUGUAAUGCAUGCACAGUAUAAACUGGUCUGGCUUUGAAAGAUGAUGUGAGUUGACGAGUUACUCAAAGUCACUGUAUUCCAUCUGUCCGAUUUAUAGUUUCAUUGAGCUUCUCUGCAACCUUUGAUGUGUUAGUAAGAAAGAUCUGGAACAUUGACAGUGACACAGUAUGUGUAAUGUGUAGCCACGCAGCCCUUUCACUUAUGGGCCCACACUGCCCUAGUGUGUUAAAAAUCAAAAUAUCUUUCUUUGAUCCUUUUGUAAACCUGGAAGCAUGAAUUAUAUUUUCCUGCAUUAAAAACAAUCAUCUA